AUGCGGCAAGAUAUUUCGGAAAGCUUUGGCCAACGUCCGUCUGCGCAUCGAAGCCGGCAGAAGAAGUUUGGCGCAGGAACAUGGUCAGCUGCCAUUGCCAUUGCCAUUGCCAUUGCCGCCCCCACCCCUACGAGCAGCACACCCACCAUGGCCGCCCCUACCAGCACCGGCCUGCGCGCCCUCCGCUCCUUGACGUCGGCGGCCUGCGCAUCGUGUCGGCGGCCCUUGUCCCACACCGCGCGCACGCUCGCCUUUGGCCGCGAUGGCGACAAGCCGUCGCAGACGCUCGACUCGCUCCUGGGCAACGUCGAGGGCAACUUCAAGCGCGCCGACCCCAACUACUUCUCCAACAUGAUCCCCGGCCAGGACGAGGGAAGCAUGAGGAACUCGAUCAUCCAGGACUGGGACGAGGACGAGCGGCACAAGCUCAACAUCUACGCAACCAAGCACAACACGCACAUCACACUCGCCAAGCCGAACCGCGACUCGCUCAUCUCCGUCUCCUGCGGCAACAUUGGCUUCAGGAAGGCCGGACGGGGGACGUACGACGCCGGCUACCAGCUGGCCGCCUUCGUCAUGAGCAGAAUCAAGGACAAGGGCCUGCUGCCCCAGAUUCAAAAGCUGGAGCUCAUCUACCGCGGCUUCGGCCCAGGGAGAGAGGCCGUGACCAAGGCCAUUCUGGGCGCCGAAGGGAAGCAGAUCAGGCCGUUGAUCGUCAAGCUGUCCGACUCGACGCGACUGAAGUUUGGAGGUGUGAGGAGCAAGAAGCCCAGGCGACUGGGUUAG